AUGUCAUCAAAUGCUUCUUCUCCUGCUUCCUUGUCAUCUCUCUUUCGAACAAGAGUACAAGCACUUCCAGUUCCAACCAAUAUUCAAACGCAAGUGGUGAAGAACCACAACAAUUGUACUAUCCGAUUGCAUGUGUCUCUUGCCGUCGUGGUCAUAGAAAAUGUGAUAGAAAACUGCCAUCAUGCACUGAUUGUGCUCAAAAAGCAUAACUUGACGGUCGAUAACAAUCAAAUCAUAGACCAAGUUGUUAAAUCUACCAGUUCGAGCAAUGAAGUUUCUAAUGAAUCAACAAAUGAAGAACAAAGUGUCAACUUUCAAAUUGUUGACAUGUAUUUUGAUAUCGUCAGCUUGGGUUGUCCUAUUAUUCAGAGAGCCACCAUGCUUGACAUUAUUGCAAAGAAUCCACAGAAUGAACAAGUUCCUGAAAAUGUUGCACUACUGUAUGCUAUUCAAGCCAACUGCUUUCAAAAUUUAGGCAAAAAACAAGAUGGAAGGAAUGCAUUCCUCACAGCACGCAAAUACUUGUCACAAGUUUUUGACCUGUUGGAUAACUUUUCAAUUGCUGGAGCAUUUCUCUAUAUGGGAUUGUUUUGCUUGAGUGAAGGAGAGCUUGCACAAUGUCGGUACUAUCUUGGAAGCGUUCAAUUCUUUAUUGAUAGAAACAAAGAUCGUCUUGCUGAUAAUUUACAAUUUAUUUAUUUAUGCAGAUCAUUACUAUAUACGAAAUUACAACUAGAUGAAGCCGAGUCUUUAGAGGUCUUGAACAGAGAUUUAGAUUUCACAAAAUCUUCACAUCUUGAUGUGGUUGUGAGCUCAGAAAAAUUCACACAGCAAGUGUUCCACAUGAAGAAAAUGAUGGAUUUCUUUUUAUACAUUUCACAACACAUGAAAGACGGUGAUUGUGGCCUGUCGGGCUUGAAAAUUCCACAACCUCAAUUUUCAUCGAGUGCAGAGGAACAAGCAAUCAUGGCGCAUGCUCAAAUGAUCCUUAAGCCUCAAGCCCAAUUCAAUAGAGUACGACAAGAGAAGUCACUUGUCAGCGCUGCUUUGACCAAGCUCAUGUAUUUGUUGAUGGUUGAAGGAGUUCGUUUAGGAAUACUUUCUAAAACAGCAUCCGAGGCGGAAAAUGCUAUUAUUGAAACUGCGAAUAGAAUUUCAGAGCUGACUACUGUUUCCUAUUUCCCGUAUUUACCUGCUCACGUUCAUUCAACAGUCAUGAACGCAGCAAGAGUUCAUUUAACGCUUGUUCAACAAAUUGUAAAAGGGUUGCGACCAAAUGAAACAGAAAUAUCACUCGCAAAAUAUUAUGACUAUUUAAGAAGCGAUCUAAAAGCUCUAACUCAAAUGGCACAACGAUUUUCUAUUGUUGAAAAACGUCAACAACAUCAACAAACUUACAAUCAACAGCAUCAGCAACCACAAGAUACAUUCCAACAAAUUUUAACACAGUUCACAGAAGCCACGACAAGUCAUAAUAAUACUGUUAGCCAUGGAAAUAAUGCUUCCAACAUGUCGCCAUCUUUGAUGAGUGCAUUCGGAGCUGCCACAUCCUAUUAUCAUACUGAAGGAAAUACAAAACAGCAACUCGCUCAACAAUCUUCCCAUACAUCUACAGAUCACCAGCAACUAGCAUUCACCGAGUUCAACAGAGAAGAAUUUACGAUUCCAGAAGAUCAAAAUGCAGUUCAUCAAAUCAGUGAAAUAAUGGGAUUUACUGAGACAGUGACGCCAGCAACCUCUUCUUCCAACAUGGAUGAUGUGAGCACUUUCUUUUAUGAUGUCUUGACGUCACCUUUAAAUAUUCACUUAUUGCCUUCAACAAUUACUGAAGAAGACUCACAACAGCCAAUUGUUUCUGUGUUUAGUUCUAAUUCUACAGUUGAACAAACACUCUCAACUGCUCUGAGCCAAGAAAAUUAUUAUACUGAUCCAUAUCAAUCAGAUUUGUUGUUGGAAUAG